GGUUGAACGUGCUCCAUGGUUACCAACGCAAUGACGCUUUUCCGUAUCCAAGACAUCUCCAGCGCUGAAGAGGCGAGCUAGUUGAUAUAAUAUUUUCAGAUAUCACCGUCAAUUAACAUAGACAGUUAAAAGCGUUGUGUAACUAUUCGUUUGUCUAGCCAGUUAACAUAACAAUUAGCAGUAAAAGAUUCGGGUGUUUGGCGUCAACAAUGGCUGAGUUUGGUUUCAAUGAGCACCAUCAGAAUGAGGCCAUCAACUACAUGCGCUUUGCACGCUCCAAGAGGAUCAUCAGACUCAAGACCAUUGACUCCUGCUUCGAGGACCUUAAAGACAGCAGGCUAGUGGAGGAGACAUUCACAGUGGACGAGGUGCGGGACAUGCUGGACGGGCUGCAGCUGGUUGUGCGAGGGGAGGUGGAGACAGAGCUCAUCAACACGGCCCACACCAACGUGCUGCUGCUUCGGCAGCUCUUCUCCCAGGCUGAAAAGUUCUACCUCCGUCUGCAGACUGACAUAUCGGAGCUGGAGAACAGAGAGUUGUUAGAGCAAGUGGCUGAGUUUGAGAAUACUGAGUUUAAAAACCCAAAUAAGACUAACCAAGAAAUUAGCAAGCCCAAGUUAGCACCGCUGAAUGAAGGUGGGGUAUCUGAACUUCUCAACAAGGAGAUAUCAAGGCUACAAGAGGAAAAUAAUAAGCUCAAAGGCAGGCUCCGGACUUUGGAAACCCAGGCCAUGGGUGCGUUGGAUGAGAAGACCAGGGCGGAGAGAGCUCUCAAAGACUUGCAGAAGGUCAAGGGGGAACAGCAAAUGGCCACCCAUUCUCAGGAGAUCACUAGUCUGGAGGACACGGUGGCAGCACUGCAGGAAGACUACCAGAAGUCCCUGAGUGUCAACGCUGCCUCCCAAAGAGACCUGCAGGACAACCUGGUGUCUGCCAAACAUGACCUGCUCAGGGUACAGGAACAACUGUCCCUGGCAGAGAAGGAGCUGGACCGGAAGUUCCAACAGACUUCUGCCUACCGCAACAUGAAGGAGAUCCUCACCAAGAAAAAUGAGCAGAUCAAGGACAUCAGGAAACGGCUUUCAAAUUCCAAUGUAUCAAUUCUAGAUACGAGUCUGAUGAAUGAACCCUUUGCAUCACACAACAAGACACAAAAUGGGGGUUAAAAUACACGACAAGAGGGUAGAAAUGGCCCAAAACCGGGGACUGUCACUCUGGAGAAGGUUUUUGCCCAUUUACCAUUUAUUCUACCCCACUGCAGGAGCAGGUGCUUUGAACAAAAAAUUGAAUUGAGAAUAUCACCUGUAGUUCAGAACCUUUCAGAAGAAUUGUAUCAUCUCGCUGAUCCAGCAGCUUUUGUAGUCAUUGGCUUUAGGAGAUGAUUGCGGGGUAUUAAGGGUUGGGGGCUAAUCGACAGCCUCCUAUGGUCAGUCUCACUGGGAGAAGAACCUUGAAUGUCUCUGUCCCUCUGCUACUCCGUGCUGUCCCAUAUCUAGGAGCUGGAGCUUUGUGUGUUUUAGUAGUAGGUUUUCCUCAUUGCACUAUGCAAGUACUUUCACGUCCUUGACUUGCUGUCUAAAACGGAGGCCUUCUGAAUAGGAGAGAUAUGCUUGAAGCUCUGGUGCUGUCUAUAUCUGAUGGUGAUGGGUACAUUUUCCCAUGACACCAAUAUAAAUGAUUGGCUCUUCUCAAGACUGUAUAAUCUUUUUCAACUAUUUCUAUGUAGCUGGGGUAUCAUGCAACAUCUGUUUAUAUGUAUUCAGCUGGCGGAAUUGAGCUCCAAGUUUUAAUGAUAGUGAAUAGACAUGGCUAAUGGUACAUAUUAUGAAUCGCAGCAUAACAUUCCAAAAUAUCUUGAGGGGAAGGUUUUGAGGGAAACGUUUAUGUAUGAUUUGACAUGUUUCCUUAUUUUUCUUACAAUUUUUAUCCUGUUUUAGCAUGUAAAAAUUAUUGGAACGAUCAGAGGUUGGACCUAAGCAAAUGUAUAAGUACUUCCCCACACAUAUAGAAUAUUUUUAUGGGAACAGUGAACUUUUUUGUCCUUAACCCUGAUAAUAGCCUGGUAUCAAGGCAUAUAUUGUAUUCCGUCUGGUACCAGGCCAGAGGCAUAUGUGUGUAAUAUGACAAAAAUUCUAUGUUGCUGUCUUUGACGUAAUGCUCUUGUAGAGUAUGAUACACAACCACCUAUGUCAUAUUAGACGUGUAUGUGUGAUAUGUUUGAAUUGUUGUGGGGUAAUAAAAGCUGUUACCAAAA